AUGGAGCCCCGUUUCGAUAGCAUCGCAUACGAUCGAUUGGCCAAGUCUUACCUACUCGAGAUGAACCGAGCUCUCUCAGUGGCGAACGGGGACGGAUUUCGGGUCCAGGACCCAGUCACGGAGAUCCUCCUCCUGGAAGGCUAUCAGAGGCCAGUAGCACCGAAAAACAUGACCCUUCCAGUCCCGAACAUAUCCAAAUCAAAGGAAGGAUUUGAAUAUGAAGCCAAUAUAUUUCUUGGGUUUACGAUUCCUCUCGAACUGGCCCAUGAAAUACUUCGAUUCCUGGAUCUGAGGUCCAUAGGAAUGAUGCUCCUAGUCAACAGCAAGACCAAGGAGCAGGUGGAAACCAUGCUGGAUUACCCCGUCCUCAAAACCCAUGCGCACGAGACUCUCAAUUUGAUGCGCCAGAUGAGACUUUCUUCACACUACACCAUUGGACAGAUCUUCAAUGAAUUCUGUCAGCCUAAGUGCAGAACGUGCCCAAAUUUUGGGCCGUUUCUCUACAUUCCAACCAUGCAGAGAUGUUGCUAUGAAUGCAACUUAUACAAAAAGUCGUACGGAUUGGGAUCUGUCAAGAAAAUCUGCCACUACUUCGGAAUUGAGGAAGAGGAACUGAACGAUCUCCAACUUGUCCACAAUAUUUGGCUUCAUGAUCCCCAAGACUGCAUGGCAAACAUCUCGCAGUGCAAGAACCUUGUAUCCAAGCUUUAUGGGCCGGAGGAGGCAGAGAUACUAGACGCAACUGUCCAUAUAAUCGAAGGAGAAGGUGUCUAUUUAUCUGAAGUUGAACCGACGCCAUACCAACGACACGGGAUUCCUGGGGGCGGAUGUUUCUGGAGCGAGAGGAAAAGGAACCGCAUGAAGUUCAUGGCCACGGUGCCGUUCCCCUACCGGGACAAGCGGGCACAGGCUACAGAUGCAGGAGUCUACUGUACCGCUUGCGCUUACUUCUGGAGAGAGAUGGUACUAUUCGAUGGGCGUGGGCCUUGGGGCUGCGAAGAACCUUGCCCAUUAGGCUGGGAAUCUUCCUUUCGAGCCUAUCGAGAGGCCGAUUUACCUCAGCAUGUUGAGACGUGUCUAAGCGUCCACGCAGUGGAGAUGAACCCUGAGCUGCGUCCCCAUGAUGUUAACUAGUCCAUUUCAGAUGAGGGGCAUCUUUUCUGAUAUGUGCCGGGAACCAAGAGCCUUCUUUUGGAAAUGACUGUGCUCCGGACGAUACGCGGGACGGGCUAUGGUAUCUUUCGACCCCGAUGCUCGUGAUUCAGGAAGAUUACGAUAAUCAUG